GGCGUGGGUUUCCGGGAUCCCGGCCGGUCCGUGCGGGUCUCGGAGGCCUUGGGGCUCUCGCUGCCCGGCGCCGGCGGCGUGGACGCCUCGCGGAGGGGACGAUGAGCCGCAUCUACCACGACAGCGCGCUCCGGAACAAGGCGGUGCAGAGCGCACGGCUGCCCGGGGCCUGGGACCCCGCCGCCCACCAGGGGGGCAGUGGUGUCCUGCUGGAGGGGGAGCUGGUGGAUGUCUCUCGGCACAGCAUCCUGGAUGCGCAUGGCAGGAAGGAGCGCUACUACGUGCUGUAUGUCCGACCCAGUUGCAUCCAUCGUAGGAAAUUCGACCCCAAGGGGAACGAAAUCGAACCCAACUUCAGUGACACCAGGAAGGUGACCACAGGAUUCCUCAUGUCCUCCUACAAGGUGGAGGCCAAGGGGGACAGUGACAGGCUCACACCCGAAGCGCUGAUGGGGCUGGUGAAUAAGCCUGAGCUGCUGGCGCUGACCGAGAGCCUUGCCCCCACUGGGACCGUGGCAUUCUGGAUGCCCGAGGCAGAGAUGGAGGCCCUGGAGCUGGAGCCAGGGACUGGAAUUCGGCUAAAAACUCGGGGUGAUGGCCCCUUUUUGGAGUCUUUGGCCAAACUUGAGGCUGGAACAGUGACCAAAUGUAAUUUCGCUGGUGACCGUAAGGCAGGCACGUCCUGGACGGACAACAUCAUGGCUCAGAAGACCUCAGAGGGGACAGCAGCAGAGACACGCGAGCAAGGAGACGGGGCUGCUGAUGAGGAGUGGGAUGACUGAGGUGAUGAACACGGACUGAGGUGAGAGCCUGGAUUCCAGCAGCGCCUUCUGCAACACGACUGAGAAUACCUCCCACCCACGCAUGCCCGGAAGCUGGACUUCACCCAACCUGCCUGUUCCUGGCCUGCAGCUGCCUCUGCACACCCCUCCAACGGACUCCGAGAGC